AUGAAGAGAUUUUUAACUCGUUUUUCCAAACAUAAGGCCGAAAAAACAAUUGAAGGAGACACACCAAAAUCUCCAUCAGUACAUACAAAUGACUCUACAGCUAGUGAAAACACCAGUGUAAAUAGUAGUAUUGCUUUUAACCCAGAACCGACCAGACAAUUG